UACCGUACCGUACCGUACCGUGUGCCGUACCUCGCCCUCUUCUUCCAUCCACACACCACCGCAAAGGCCUGAGCGGUUUCGCACGAGCGCUCAUGUGCGCGCUUUCGUCUGGCUCCUUCUGUUUGCGCGCCGAUAGUCUCCCGCAUAAUGUCGACUGCGAGCUCACGUCGCGCCACUGCCGCGCCCGCUGCGAGGCGGAGAACACGGAUGGCUGCGAGGCCGGGAUUGUAUGAGCGCGGCUGGAGCGAGGAAGAGCGCAUGGAGGUGUGGGAGCCCGUUGCCGAGUCCAUGGAGCAUAUAUUCCAUGCGCUAGACGGCUGGGAAUACCACGGUACUGGGAAGGAUAGAGGGAAUGGGAACGCUAUCUCGUUCCACGGCCUCGCCACUCGAUUCUCUGGACUCGUCUCGUCGACACGGAAUUCCUCGCCAGAACGCUGGACGGAUACGCCUCGAAGCUAUGGUACACCGCCGCCUUCCUACGAUGAUACUGUCGCCGAUGCGCCGCCCGAUUACACCUCCACCGAUGCGCUCGCCGUUGCGCAAACGCCCGAGUACACGCCUUUCUCCAGUUUCAAGCCAUCGGACGUCCCUGGAUGUUUGCGAAGAAGAUACAUCACAUCACCUAGUUCAUCGCUGUUUUUCGACGACAAAUCACUAUACGCAGACAUAGAUUUUGGCUUCACGCAAGACGGGAUCAAGUCACACGCGAAGAAGAAGAACACCAAGCCUGCUGCAGCAGCGAAGAAGCCAGCGGCCGAUGCACCGGAAGAGAAGAAGGCAGACAAACCAGGCCCCAGUGGCGGAGAUGGCGCGGGUGAUCCCCCCGCAGAUGGUGGAGCAGGCGGUGGCGACGGUGGAGACGGCGGGGGUGGGGACAAGGGAGCAGGUGGGGACGAUCCGGGAGACGGAGGCAAGAAGAAGAAGAAGUCCAAGAAACAGGCGCAGGAAGAAGAAGCCGAGCGCCUGAAGAAAGAGGAGGACGAGCGCUUAGCUAAGGAAGCAGAAGAAGAAGCCGAGCGCAAACGGAUAGAGGAAGAAGAGGAGGAGGCUGAGCGCAUCCGGAAGGAAGAAGAAGACGCCGCGGCGGCAGCAGCAGAAGCAGAAGCAACAGCGGCGGCGGCGAAAGCGGCUGAAGCCGACGACGGGUGGGGAGGGCUCGCGUCUACCGCCGGCAAGAAGAAGAAGGGGAAAAAGGGGAAGGCCGAUGCCGCACCUCCACCUCCCCCUCCUCCUCCCGAACCACCCUUGAUAGCAACCACGUUUGAGGACAUUCUUGUUGACGACGCACCAACUGUACCGAAGAUUGAUAUGAGCUUUGGCGACACGGCCCCAGCGAAAUCGAUACUUGGCAGCCUAGGCGGCUGGGGUCUUGGCAGUUGGGGUUCGUCCAAAGCCGACAAGCCAAAGGAAGCGGAGAAAUCUGUCAACAAGAAGUCGUCUUGGGGGUUGAGUGACAGCUUGAAGGAUGCGGGUGCCGACGCGGACAGUAAUCCUUGGGACGCGGAGAAGAAAAAGAAGGAUUCGUCUGGCUUCGACUUCGACUUUGAUGCUUCCAAAGGCCAGCCCGAGCAGCCUCCUCCAGCAGUUGAGGAGAAGCAGGAAGAAGAUGCUUGGGGGAGUAUUGCGCCUGUCAAGUCGAAGAAGAAGGGCAAGAGAGGUGUCUUGAUUGAGGAGGAGCCUGUACCUCCACCGCCCCCGCCACCGCCGCCGCCACCUCCGCCCCCUCAGCUGGAGCAGCCCAAAGAGGACGAAUGGGGGUCGUUUGCUUUUGGCGAUGCGAAAGAGAAGAAGAAAAAGAAGAGGGGUGGUGUUGAAGAGGCACCUGCUCCGCCGCCAGAAGCAGCGCCAAUGAUCGAAGUUCUUAUGCCAGAGCCCUCUCCAGUCAGAGAAGAGGAUCCUUGGGGCGGGUUAGCGACGACGGUCAAGAAGGUCAAGAAGAGCAAAAGAGGCGCGAAGGAGGAAGUCAAGAUUGAAGAACCGCCUCCACCGCCACCUGAGCCUGAGCUUGUUCCAGAACCUGAACCUGAAAUACUCGAGCCUGAACCAGAGCCGGAGCCAGAGCCGGUCGUAGACCCGUUUGCGGGGCUGACCAAGUCGCAGAGAAGGAAGCUCGAGAAGAAGAUGAAAGACGAGGCUCUGGCCAAAGAGGCAGAGGAGGCGGAGCGCAAGAAGAUUGAAGAAGACGAAGCCGAGAUCGCCCGACUCGAAGAGGAGGAGGCUGAGAGGCAGCGAUUCGACGACGAAGAGGCUGAGCGCAUAAGAUUGGAAGACGAGGAAGCUGAGCUCAAGAGGCAAGAGGAAGAAGAAGAAGCCGCCGCUGCUGCUGCCGAAGCCGAGAAGUCGAAGAAGAAUGAUACUUGGGAUGAUUGGGGUGGUGCGGCACCUACCAUGGCCACGAAAAAGAAGAAGAGCAGGAAGGGUAGAGACGCUGAAUUGCUUCCACCGCCGCCCCCGCCGCCGCCGCCACCACCGCCUCCACCAGCGCAUCCUGAAUUCGAGCCCGAGCCGUUCUUUGAUCAUGAACCGAGUCCAUCGCCCGCCGAGGAGAAGCCAGCAGCUGAGGGCUGGGACGAAUGGGGCGGAGGAGCAGCCCCGUCCAAGAAAGGUAAGAAAGGUAAGAAGGCUGCAGCGGUCGUCAUCGUCCCGGACCCAGAGCUAGAGGCAGAACUUUCCGUCGACGAAGAGGUUCCUCCCCGGCCGUCAUUCGAGCCCGGCGAAUCAACGUCCAUCAUCUCGGAACUCCUCCGGGCCAAAAAGGACGACAAGUCCGAGGGCGUCGACUGGGGGUUGAGCUCCAUCUGGGGCGGGUCGAAGAAGAAGAAAAAGGGCAAGGGCUUUGAGCUUGACUCGCUUCCUGAACCUGAACCAGAGCCGGAGACUCUUGUCGUUGAGGCUGCUGAUGUCCAGGAACCCGACGGCUUUGAGGAGCCCAGAGCUGAGGGGGAGGAAGAAGAGUGGGGCAGGCCGUCAUGGGGCAAAGGCAAGAAGCACUCGAAGAAGGACUUCCCCAUUGAAGUCGUCGGCGAGACAAACGCUUUUGUUCAGAAACCAGAUGACGACGACCCGUGGGGCAGCGCGGCGUUCAACAUCGGGAAGAAGGUGAAGAAGAGCAAGAAGGGACUUGUCCCGCCCAAUGGCCCCUCGCCAAUAGGUGAAUUCGAACCAGAGUUCCCGCCACCGUUGGAGAUCGAAGCGCCUCCGCCCGCUGAAGAGGAGGAGCGCAAGCAAGAGGAUGAUAUGUGGAACUUUGACGCUCCUACCACGACGAAGAAAAAGAAGAAGAGGGGUGAGGUCGUGGAGGAAGUAAUUGCCCAACCGUUGUCUAUUGACUCGCUCAGGUCGGCUGGGAAUGCCAUGGAAGACUUGAUUUCGCUCGAUGAACCGGCUCCCGCUGAUCUUCUACCUCCUCCUCCUCCUCCACCGCCACCUCCACCUGCACCUGCACCUGUAGAGGAGAAGAAAGACAGGCGAGAGCGGGAAAAGGCGAGGGAGAAGGAGAAGGAGAAGGAAAAAGAGUCCAAGUCGAGCAUCUGGGGCGCAUUCUCCUCCUCGAAGAAGAAAGAGUCGAGCAAAGACAAACGGGCCCGCGAGAAGCGCGAGCAAGAGGAGGCAGAGGCAGCCGCAGCCGCAGAGGAACAGGAACGUCUCGACCGCGAGGCCGAGGAAGCUGCUGCUGCAGCCGCGGAACAGGCUCGCAUCGAAGCCGAGGAGGCAGAGGCGGCUCGCGUCGCGGAAGAGGAAGCCCGGUUGAUAGAAGAAGCUCGCAUUGCUGCAGAAGAGGAGGAGAAGAGGAGGAAGGAAGAGGAGGCGUCCAAGAGCUCUGGGUGGGGAGCGAGUAUCUGGGGCGCGACCAGGCUGAAGAAGACGGAGACUAUCAGGGAGAGGAAGGCUCGCGAGAAGAAGGAACAGCAGGAGAAGGAUGAUCAGGAGCGGAAAGAGCGUAGGGAGCGAGAAGAGCGGGAACGACUCGAGCAGGAGGAAGCAGAUCGCGUGGCGCAGGAAGAAGCUGAUCGCGUUGCGGCAGAGGAGCAGGAGCGACUGGAUCGUGAAGCUGCAGAGGCUGCGGAAGAACAGGAGCGACUGGAGCGCGAAGCUGCAGAGGAGCAGGAACGACUCGAGCGCGAAGCCGCAGAAGAAAAAGAACGGCUUGACCGCGAAGCCGCAGAAGAACAAGAGCGUCUUGACCGUGAAGCGGCGGACGCUGCAGAAGCGGCGGCGGCGGCUGAGCGAGCGCGAGUCGAGGCCGAGGAAGCUGCAGCAAGGGCCAAGAAAGAGGCUGAGAGCUCUUCUGGUGGCUGGGGCAUCUUCGGAUCGUCCAAGAAGAAGGAAACUCCCCGGCAGAAGCGCGAGCGCGAGGCCAAGGAGAAGAAGCAGCGCGAGGAGCAGGAGAGGCUCGAACAAGAGGCUCGCGACGCUACGGAGGCGGCGGAGAAUGCGCAGCGCGAGGCGGACGAGGCGGCGGAGAGGGCGCAGAGAGAAGCGGAUGAAGCGGCGGAGAGGGCGCAGAAGGAGGCGGAGGAAGCGGAGGCUGCACGCAUUGCGUACGAUGAUGAAAUUGUCAUGAUUGAGGAGCCGCCGCCGACGAGAGAACGGAGGAAGAAGAAGAGGAGGGGUGUGGUCGAGGAAGAAGCUCCUGCCCCUCCGCCUCCGCCUCCACCGCCACCUGUGGACCUUCUUAUGGAUGACCCUGUCGCGGACGAUGUACCGCUCGACGACUUGCUUGACAUGGUGAAGGACGUCCCAGAGGAAGAGUUGCUUGCUGAACUUGGUCAGGCUGCUUCUCCUCCUUCAUCCCCUCCUGCUACUCUUUCAUCGCCUCCGCCUCCCUUCAGAAGGGGGUCCCCUCCUUACAGGAAGGAUGAGGCUGGCUGGGGAAGCGCAUGGGGUAUCUCGCUCCGCAAGACGAAGAAGGAGGAGCCUAAACACGAAUCCUUCUUCGAUGAAGCUCCUCCGCCAGUUCAGGAGACGGGGUAUAUGGACCCGUUCGACGAGCCGCUGGACGAACCUGAGCCAGAGCCCGAGCUUGAGCCUGAGCCUGAACCAGAACCUGAAGUAGAGGUAGAGCCUGAAGCAGAGCCCGAGCCCGAACCGGAACCAGAACCAGAGCCAGAGCCGCAAUCCAAUAUCCUUGCUGCGCUCAAGGCGGCAAAGGCGUCAAAGGCCGAUCGAUCGUCCAAGAAAAAGUCCAGGAAAGACCGAUACGUCGAGCCCGAACCCGAGCCGGAGCCUGAGCCUGAGGCAGAACCCGAAGCUGAGAUAGUCAUCGACGAUCUCGAGCCCGUGUUUGAAGACACGUAUGAAGAGGCUUAUGACGAGUAUGCAGAGGAAGAGCCACCACCGCCACCCCCGCCUCCUCCACCUCCACCGCCCGUUGAGAUCCUCGCACCGCCGACCAAGAAAUCGUCGAGGUCGAAGAAGGAGGAGAAGUCGUCGAAGAAGGAUAAGAAGCAUAAGAAAUCUAGAGAGCCGCCGCCGAUCGAGGUCCCAGAGCCACCGCCCGUUGUCGAAGUGCCGAGGAGGAGAUCGCCUGUCAUUGGGGGCUUUCCUGACGACGAUGAGAUGGACUUUAUUGAUGAGGAGCCGCCGCCGCCGCCUGAAGAGCCGGAGGCCUUUCCUGAUUUCGAUGCUGAGCCUGAGCCUGAGCCGUUUGUUGAACCUGAGCCCGAGCCGGAACCGGAGCCGGAGCCUGUUGUGGUUGUUGUUCCGGAGAAGAGGUCGAAGAAAUCUAAGAAGGAGUCUUCGAAGAAGGACUCGAAGAGGGAGUCUAAGAAGAGUAGCAAGUCGAGGGGGUUGCCGGUUGUGGAGGCGCCUCCCCCUCCUCCCCCGCCUCCUCCACCUCCUGAGCCAGAGCCUGAGCCAGAGGUGGAGAUUGAGGAGGAGGUGGAGCCAGAGCCAGAGGAAGACCCUGAACCUGAACCAGAGCCCGAACCAGAGUCAGAACCGGAACCAGAGCCAGAGCCUAUUGUCGAAGAUGAACCCAUGGACGACGAUGACGACAACGACCUGUACGAGGACCCCGCGCUCGUCGAAGUCGAGGAGCCUCCUAAGCCUCCCACACCCCCGCCUGAGGUCAAGUUUUCUCCUAGGAAGGAACGUGUCAAGGCGGGGCGCACUGGGACGUCAGGAUCAUGGGGCGGCAUCUGGGCUGGCGGCGCUGGUGGCUCACGAAGCAAACACGGCAGAACAAAGUACGGUGACGAGGGCGCUGCUCCUCCAGACGCCAACCUGUCGCGCUCCAAGUCGGUGCAUACCACGUCGACGAGAGAGGACAUCAAGUCUAGAUCGUCUGGGUCUGACCACAUGUCGAAGAUGCCAACACGUUCCAAGCCAACACGUGCUUCAACGGGACUGGGCGCCAUGUUUGGUGUGGGUGCACCACCUCCGCCUUCUAGAUCAAAGUCGCAUAGGACGAGCGCAAAUCCACGGGGCAUGUCUCGUCGACCGUCCAUCGACCAGGAUGCGGCGAUGAUGUCACCGCCGCAGACCGACACCGACGCCAAGUACUCGUCGAGGACGGCAAAGCUGCUGGGCAUGAAGCAGCCUUCCCGGCGGUCGAGCACCAGGGACAAGGGCCGAACGCGAGCACCAGACCCGUAUCCCAUGGACGAUGACAUGGUGAUGCUCGACGAUGAAUCACCCACGCACGCCCCGCCGCGACCAGAAGCAUCGCGCCGCAAGUCGAAGCGCGGCUCUGCACCUCCUGCAGAACCCCUCACUGCACCGCCUAGCGCCGACGAUCCCGUGCUAGUGGAUGCCAUGGAUGCCGACCAAGCCCCACCCGAUGCUGAGCGCCAUCGCCGCGACCGCGACCGCGACCGCCCUCGACGCGACCGCGCCACGUCCAACGCGAGGGACACGUUUGCCGGCGUCGCGGGCGCUGCCGUCGCCGCCGGCGGCCUGAUGAGCAGGUUUGGCCUGGGCCGCAAGAAGAGCGCGCCGCCGCCGCCCGAGGAAGACCGCCGUCGCACGCCCCACGAGACCGAGGAUGAGCGCAGGCGACGCAAACGCUCCUCGACGCGCGGCGGCGUCACCGAAGACGAGGCCAAGCGCCUGCGACACGAGCGCCGCAGUCUGCGCCACCCCGGGCGCAUGGCUGAAGGCGAGGAGGCGCUGAUGUCGGGCGCGAACGGCGGCGCAACGGGCAGCCCCGACCACGAUGCGGAGCGCGAGGCACGCCGCGCAGAGCGCCGCGCCAAGCGAGACGCGGACAAGGGCUCGCGACGCGCCGAGCUCGAGGAGGUCGAAGCCAAGGCCGAGCGUCGCCGCGAGCGAGAGCGCGAGAACGAGCGCGCCAUCGUCGCCGAGAAGAAGGCGCGCCAGAUGGCCGAGCUCGAGCGCCGCAACAAGCAGGCCGAGGAGGACUUGCGCCGCAUCGCCGAGAAGGAAGAGCGCAAGCGCAUGCGGGGCGAGCGCAAGCCCACCGACGACACACGCGAGCACCGCUCGUCGCGUCGCAAGGACAAGGAACACGAGCCGUCGCGACCCCACAACGAGCGUCGCCGCUCCCACGCAGAAACCGACGACGACCGCCGCCGUCGCCACGAAGAACGCCGCGCCGCGCGCCGCAACUCCGAAUACCCAGCCGCCCCAGCCCCCGCCCCCGCCGACCCCAUAAUGGACUACUUCGACGUGCGCAACGGCGAAGCCGCCCCGCGCCCCUCCAACAAGACCCGCCCCUCGCGCCGCGCACCCCCCCAAGACGAGCAAAACCAACCCUACAUGAACAAAGGCACAGACAAAACCUCCUCCUGGGUCGAAUCCUUCAACAUCGACCCCCCGCUGCCCCCGCCCAUAUCGGAAACAGUCUUCGACCCCCUCCCCAACACCCGCGACGCCCCGGACGACGAAGAAACACCCUCCCAAGACGAAGACAUCCGUCUGCGCAUCGCGGGCCGUCGCGGCGGGAAGCGCGAGAAGGAGAAGGAACGCUCUGCAAGGGAGAAGGCGGAGCGGGAGCAGGCUGAUAAGGACCGCGAGCGCAGACAUCAGAGGCGGCGCUCGCAUUACGACGCUAUGCCCGCGCCUGCGCAGACUAGCGAUGAGGUUGUGGAUGAUGUCGGACGGACGAGGAGGGAUCGGAGGAAGACUUAUCAUGAGUAUGAUGAGCCGUUGCCGCCGGUUAGGACGUGGGAUGGUAGGCCGGCGGAGGUUGUUACGCCCAUGGCGAAUUCGGGCGGGAAGAGGGGGAGCUGGUUUAAGAAGAUGUUUUAGUUUUGGGUGAGGUGUUUUUUAUUCUUUUUUACGCUGGUGAUGAGUUUGAUGGUUAUGGGUUGGGAUGUUAUGAGAUGCAUUGCGUGGCGUUUUUUGUCCUUUUUUGCGCUUUUUACUUCGACUUCGAAUUCUU